AUGAAAAAUCGUGUUAUUGGAAUUGAUUUGGGGAAUUAUAAUGUAGUAGUUUCGAUAUUAAAAGAUGGAGUCAUAGACAUAGUUGAAACGCCAUUAGGGCAGUCUUCAUUUCGGUCUUCAAUAGCUGUAAUUAAAAAUGAAAUUAAGGCUGGUGUAGAUGCCAGUGUAUCCCAAGUAUGGCGGUUACCCGAGUGUUGUUACUUUGGUAUUGAAAGAUUAUUAGAACAAAAUAUUUUUGAAGUUGAAAUUGAUAGUUAUAAGUACAACAAAGAAGUUUUACUCAUCUACUUUUUUAAAAUGAUUCAAACUGUUUCUCAAGCUGAUUUAUGUAUUCUUACACUCCCUUUAAAUAUACCUGAAGAGAAAAAGUCUUCAAUUAAAAACAUUCUUGAACUUUCGGGAAUGCGAUGUCUUCAAAUAGUUUCCCCAAGUGUCUGUGUGUCAUUAUAUUUGUGGUCUUACUUCCCUCAAAUUGGAGAAUAUAUAUUAGUCUUAGACGUUGGUGAAUCACAAAGUUCGUGUUAUGCAAUUAAAAAAGAAAGUCUUGGGGUGAGUAUUAUAGUAGAAGAUUCUAUACCAAUUGGUGGUGCAAAUUACACCGAAGUGAUAUAUAAGAAGGUCGAAGAGAUUUUAAAAGAGCGUGGCUAUGAUUUCAAAGACUCAUUUUCAACAUCGAAAAGUCUAGACAGUACAAGCGACAGUUCUUUCGACUCAAAAAAGACAGACACCGACGAAUCAAAAACGUGUCUGAGUGAAAAGCUUCGUCGUAAGAUAAGUGAAGACGUCGAGAAGUUCAAAGCGACAUUUUCAAGUCGCCAGUCGCUUGAAAGUACUAUGAAGAUCUCCAUCUCGAGCACUGAAGAGAUCAAUGAGGUCAUAACGCGACAAGAGUUCAUUGAAUGGGUUAAAGAAUAUGACGAACACAUUUUAAAGUUGGCGCAAAGGGUGGUUGCGACACUCCAACGGCGGGAAGGUGUUGAGAUCUAUGACAUUGAGUUUAUAGGAGGAGGGAGUCGUGUCGAUACUCUUCGUCGUGUAUUUGAAGAACACCAAUUUAUAGUGAAGCACCGAUUGAAUAAAGAAAAUGUGAUAUCAAAAGGAAGUGUUUUGGUUGGGAUGCAGCUUUCUUCCAAUUUUGAAAAAGUCCGACUGUGUUCUGUCCAACGAGUGAUAGAACCAAACACCUUCAAAAUAUCGGGGAUUGGGAAUACAGAGGCCAAAACUAAAAAUUGUACCGUGACAAUCCCCAACGUGCACAGUGAAAAUUGUGAAUUGGAAUAUCAAGGAAAAAUCGUUGGUAAAAUCUUAAAUUGUAAGUUCUCUGAGGAAUUUAGUGAUUUGCGAAUUAAUAUCAAAAAUUGGGUGUAUUGCUAUUCUAAGGAAAAUCAUAUCUAUUCGAAUGGCGUGUUACAAAGUGACACAAAUGAAAAGGUGAUAUACCGGGUUGGUAAAUUGAAUGAAGUUAGUGAUGGCAGUUCUUUACUAUCCACUCAAAAAGUAGGUCCUGGCUAUUUUUUAGAUCAAGAUGUAACACAUCAAAACGCUUUAAAACAACUCAACGACUUGUACAUGCAAACUGAGAAAGGUCAAAAGAGUGUUCAAGAGUGCAACACUUUAAAAGCACAAUUCGAGACUUUCAUUAUCAAUAAUAAAAAUAUUCGGUCGGAAGACGAGAACGCAGAAUUAAUACUAAAAAGAAAAGAAGCAAGAAAGGUUGUGAAUAAUGUCGAGCACUUGAAAGAUAUUAUUGGAGAGUAUAUCACUCAAUUCUAG